CUUCAAGCGGCAGAAAACGGAAAAAAGGCGGUGUGGCGCAAAAAGGAAGUACUAGUAGCAAAGAAUGCCAGUGCUCGAAAAUUUCUUUGCGACAGAACGACGCGCCUGCCUUUUGAUACGCGUUUUUCCUCUCGUUUUAUUAGCGGGGCAACUUGUGUAAGAGCUAAUUGAGGAACUUGCAUUCGGAUAACUCGUCCAUGUCCGCACCGCCAGCGUGGCUAUUUUCCAACAACUCUGCACUGACCGCGAACCACCAAAAGGCGAUCACCAGCGACAACAAAACCACGAUGCCAGGAAACAAGGGAAACAAGAAGCCCAAGGCUGGUAAGGCCAAGGGUAAGGCCAGUGCCAUUGAGAAGCCUGCGCCUACAGCCGAGCCACCCGCGCAGCUCAUGGACCUGGUUGAGUCCUUUCUCUCGGAGCACGAUUUCGCCGAUGCGCAUCACGCGUUUACCAAACAACGAGCUGAGAAGGGCUGGAAGAAGGCGGCCGAUAAACCCGUGUCUGCGGAGCACCACUCUCUCGUCACUGUCUUUCGGGCCUGGGAGACAUCGCUGAAUGCAGCCGGCGGAAAAGGCAUCAAGAGCGCGGUCGGCAAGGUUACCAAGGUCAGCAGCAGCAGCAGCAGCAGCAGCAGCGACUCGGAGUCGUCUGAGAGCGAGAGCGAGGACAAUGGCGACGUGGAAAUGAAGGAUGUCGAAGAGGAGGAGGAAUCCUCGAGCUCGGAGUCCAGCAGCAGCAGCAGCAGUGACAGUAGCAGCGACAGUGAGAGUGAGAGUGAGAGCGAGGACGAGGACAAGGAGGCCGAAAAGCACACUGCUGCCCCAAAGCAAGCUGCUACGAAUCCCCUGAAGCGCAAGGCCGUUUCCGAGAGCAGUGACUCCUCUGAUUCCGAGUCGUCCGAUUCCAGCUCAGACGAGGAGCCUCCGGCUGCGAAGAAGCAGAAAGUAGCCGCCGCCCCGGCCGAGGAGUCCUCUUCUGAAUCCUCCUCCGAAUCUACAUCCGAGUCGUCCUCCGAGUCCUCUGAUUCCGAUUCUGGGUCUGAGUCCGAGGCCGAAUCCAAGGCGGAAACCAAGAAGCCCGCUGCCACCAAGGCGGCCGCCAAGGAUGAGGAUUCUUCCUCCGACUCGUCUUCGUCUUCAUCCGAGUCGGAGUCUGAAUCGCCCUCUGAAUCUGAGUCGGACUCUGAAUCGUCCUCUGACUCUGAAGACGAUGCUGAAGAGGCAGCCAAAGUUCCCCUGCCCGAGUCCGGUUCAGACUCGGGCUCGGACUCGGACUCUGACUCCGACUCCGACUCCUCGGAUUCUGAUGCCGAGGAGAAGACCAAGACUAGUGGGAACGCCAAGUCCGGCAGCCCCGAGGCCAACGGUUCCGACAGUUCCGCCACCAUCGGCAAGCCUUCCCCCAAGAUCUACCCGGUCGACAAGUUCGCGCCGCUGCCGCCGGACCCGGCCUCCGUGAAGACCAACAACCGCGGCAAGGGCAGCAACAACAAUGAGAAGAAGGGCAUUGUUCCCUUUUCGCGCGUCCGGCGCGACGUCCAGGUUGACCCGCGCCUGGCUUCCAAUGCCUUCCAGGGCCACGACUGGGGCCGCAAGGCGCACGAGGACCUAGUGGUCACCCGCGGCAAGAGCUUCACCAAGGAGAAGAACAAGAAGAAAAAGGGCAGCUACCGUGGUGGGCGGAUUGAUACCCAUGCUGUGGGCGGCAUUAAGUUUGACGACUAACGCGUCUGGGGCGAUUCAUUUCUUUCAGCUGAAUCUGAGGUUCCUUUACCUGGUUAAGCAUGGCAUAGCACGGAGUCUCGGGCAUUUGUUUUAGGUUGCUAUGCCCAGCAUCUUCUUUGUAUGUCUGGGCAUCAACAAUCUGGAGGCUGCGUAGAGUUUUAGACCGGUGGAGGUUGUAUGUGGGGAGAUUACCUAUGCUCUCCCACUAAAAAUUAUAUCCU